AUAACAUCACAUAUUUGAUAGGUUAAUGAUUUCAACAUUUACUUCAUCUGAAAAGUAUUCAUUUUUGUGUUUGAUUAAAAAAUGGAAAAAUUAAGGAGAGCUUUGAAUGGUAACGAACGAUGCGAUGAAGAAAGUGGUAUAAUUACGCAGGUUAUGGAUCAAACAACAUUAAGUUGGUCUACCAGGAUAAAAGGUUUUGCUAUUUGUUUCAUCGUUGGCAUAUUAUGUUCAUUCCUUGGAUCCUUUGCAUUGUUUUUACAGAAAGGUCUUGCCGUAUUUGCUGUAUUUUAUACUUUGGGCAACAUUAUCUCUUUAGCCAGUACGUGUUUCUUGAUGGGUCCAUUUCAUCAAUUUAAGAAGAUGUUUGCAUCGACAAGAAUAAUUGCAACUAUAUUAGUAUUUGUCUCAAUUAUUUUGACACUUUUUGCAGCUUUACAUUUGCACAAUCCUGGUCUAGCUCUUCUUUUUAUAAUCAUUCAGUCACUAGCUAUGACAUGGUAUUCCUUAUCAUAUAUACCAUAUGCUCGUGAUGCUGUCAAAAAGACAGUGGAAGCCUGUGUUACAUAAAAAGAGCAAUUAUCUUUUUUUUUCGUUAUAUCUAAAUUUGUAAGAAAUAUCAUUUAAUUUUUUUAAUAUUUUAAAGUUUCAGUCAUUUUGUAACACUGAAUAUUGAUUAUAUUUUAUAUUUAUAACAAGUAAAUAGAUUAAAACGUUCUAUAAAUUAAUUGUAAUAUAAAUAAGUAUAAUUAUUGGUAAUAUUAUUUGUAAUUAUAAGAAAAAUAACAAUAUUGUGUUUUUCUUGUGUAAUAAAUAAUAUAUUUACUUUGA